UCCUGCAGGACAAGGGUCGGCAGGCGUUGGGGAUCCGGAGAAUGGCCUCACUGCCGGUGACGCCGUCACAACAGUCCUAACACCGCUUUACAAUGGCACGUGGACGCUUGCUUUAACACUGUACAAUGUCCGUAGCGGAUGAAGUCUUACACCCAUGAAUCCGUCGUGUCCGCAUCGUGGGUAUUGCCUCAGGAGACGUGGACACCAUAUUUUAAGCUGGAGGCUGAACAUCAACCUUGCAAACGUUCGCACGUGGACAAGGCGGGUGAAUCAUCGGAGGAAAACUGUCCUCAUUGUACACUCCGUCUUCUUAGUCGUCCUCGGGUCGAACGCUCCAGGAAAUAGCCGAUGUGCAAAGCAUAAUAAAUCGGCCCGAGCACGCGAAUCGGUCACGUCCACGAUCGCUCACGCCAUCACGCGUUUUGAGUUCAAGUGAGCUAUGUCGCGACACGUACGCUGUCAUACCAGCAAAAUACAGUACCGCAUAUGUACAAUGUCAUCUUGGACUACUUAUUU